AUGGCGUCAACCAACUCCAGGCGACUUAUUCUUCCGAAAACACAUGCACCUGUUUCUAUCAUCAGUCCUAAUAAGUCUAAUUCGGAAUCCAAUACGAAACAGGUGAUUAAAUGUGCAUCGUCGUCGUCAUCGUUUAGAACAAUCGCCCCAAGAUUAAGUCAAAAUUCUUCAGUUGUGAAUUCGGAAGUGACUGAACCGAAUGACUUUAAUGAAAAGGAUGUUGUUCAUUAUGGGGAUAUUGAGUCAGGGAACCAGGAUUUAAACAUGUUCAGGAACCAUCGUGUGCUGUAUGCCAACUCUGUUGUUCCUCGAAAUCAUUUACGAGUUACACAUCGACGAGUUUUGUUACCAUCUCAUACAAUUCCUCGAACACCUAUAAAUGCUGAUACACUUCCGUCUGGACCGUGUCAAUCUGGUUUUGACGUUAACGAGAAGGGAAAUUUACGUCCUACUGUGCAAUUUUUACUUCGCAUAGGUUCAGCGCUUGUACGCUCCCAGUACGAAUCGGCAGUCGCUGACGAAGUUAAUUCUGCUCAGUCAUUACUUUGCAACCGUCGUAAGCGCAGACGUAUUGAAGAGAAGCAAACUCAUCCGACUGCAAAUAAAUCGACUGUUGAUUCUGUUAAUAUUUCGCACUUGGAAUGGAAACCAAAAGCGCGUCAUUCUCGCUGGAAAAGAUAUGGAAUUACUGUCAUGAUAAUAAAUGUCCUUAUGUUCCUACAUCCGCCCUCCAAUUAUUACGGCAUCUAG